UUUCGUAAUCAGCUGUUAUUAUUGUUUUUUUUUUUUUUGUGGAAUGUGACAUGAACAAAGAUAUAUAAAGAAUGUAAUGAAAUUGAUAUUAGACGUAAUAGUGAAUAGUAAUAUCUCGUAGUGAUGUGUAAUUAUAAACUGUGAUGGAUUUGUACAAGUAUUAUUUGCAACAGGGUGUUUGGGACAUUCUGGAUUUGCUGUAUAAAGAAAUAGGCGAUCCACUUGUUGAAGAAAGUAUCGAAAAAUUAAUAUGGGAAUAUUGCUUUGGGUCUCUAAACUUAAGGUCUCCCACCCAGCUGGUUGGAAGUCCAUGGCAGCAAAGAUGGCUCGCAGCAAACGUUCUGAGUUCCUCCAAACUGUUAGCUGGCACAGACGUAAAUGUUCUUAAACGAGAAAUAGAGUUCCAGCAAGUUCUGGACAGUUUAGUCUGUUCAGAUACCCCACAGUCAGUAGUGCAGGAGCUGCGAGAGCUACACGGCAAGGUCCAGCUGGCGGACCGGGAGAGGCAGCCGGUCGACAUCCUCUCCCCGGGGAGCCGCGACUUCCUGCUCCGGGGCCUGCUCAGGAGCCCUGCGGCCGCCCAUGCCGCGACCAGCCAGCUGCUCUGCCUGUGGAGCCCGCACUUCGCCGACACGGACGCCCAGAUUCAGGACCUGUGCGAGGAGGCUCUCUGGGCGUGCCUGCGGCAGAUAGAAGAGCAGGGUCGCCAAGGUGAGGACCACGGGAGAGCUGCCAGCGAGACACAGCCGGUGGACACGCUUCUCUGCCUGCUGUCAGUCCUGCAGGCGGGCGAAGCGAGGCUCCGGGACCUGGGCGACCGGCUCUGCCCCCGGCUGAGGUCCCUGUGCGGCGCCGGCCUCGUCGAGGAGCGCUGGCUGCACCUGGGACUCCUCUCGAGGGGCGAGCUGGGCCUCCUGAGGGCGCUCACGGUCCUGGAGGACGAGGCCCGCUCCCGGGACUACGCGGGGACGGACCCCGCUGUGCUCGAGGCCGUCUGCCGCCGCAUCGGGGAGGGGCACCUGGAGGAGCUGUUCUACAGGACCGUGGGCACCCGGCGGCACUGGGUCGAGGACCUGGCGGUGAUGUGCAGCGCCCUGAUGAUAGCCGGCAAGGGAGACGUGGUCGACGCGUGCUUGUCGCAGCCGGGGCUGUCCACGCUGUGGCCAAUCGUGCUGCUGCACACGUGGAGGGAGUUCGGAUCCAGCGGCGGGAUACUCGCCGUGCUGGACGUGCUCAUCGCGAGAUGCAAGUUGGUGCUCUUCCUGCAGGGGGACGCCGGCGACCCGGCGCUUGAGCGGCUGGCGACCGCGCUGGAGGACCAGGUUGACGUUGUGCGCUGGUGCAGGCGGCACGGCGGCGCGCCGGGCGCGAGCGACGGCAGCUUGCUGGAGCUGGCCAAGGACCACAGCGCCCUGGAGGUCCUCAGGAGGACCGCCGACUUGGCGGCACUGGACGAGACCGAAGUUAGGGAGCUGCUCGUCACCAGCGGCUAUUCUCGAGGUGGUGUGAUCGAACCUUCCUCCAACAUUCCAAACUGGCAAGUGAUUACUUUCGAUGGGUUCUGUAUAAUGAUGCAUGCGUUCACCAUCAUACAGUCAGGAAUGGAAUUCGAAAAAAUUCGGAAAAAAUUGUCAAGGAAUUGUGAUUGGUUUUCCACGUGUGAUGACAUGUUGAAACUGUUGAAUCCUGUGUUGUCAGCAAUUUUAUUUCGUUACUAUCCUCAAGUUCACCAAAGUGGCACAAUGAACACAGAAGAUAACAUUAAAUGCUUGCAGCAAAAUUACGAUGAGAAAGUUGUAAAAACUUUAGAAACCAUGCAACAGAUGAUCUGCAAACUUUUUCCACUUAAUUUCAGAGUGGAAAUACUGGAGAACAUUUUCUCCCUGUUGUUCCUGAGAUUCGAAGAUCUCCGGAACGAGAGCUCGUCGGAGAGCGGGAGCGACAGCGGGGAAGUGGAGGCGGCGGGGAAGGACGACCCGGUCCCGUCGGGACCCCCGUGGACGGCGAAUGAGCUCGGGGACGUGUUCAGGGACGUGGCGGGCCCGUCCGCCUCGCUGAGCGACAUACCUCUGAUCAAGGCCAGCGUCUCCGAGUCGCGGUACUCGGGCUCGCGUGAGCAGCUCGCCGCCGACGCCCGGCCGUCGGACGUGCGGCCGCCGGAAGCGUCUGACGCCGGCCGCGGCAGGGGCGGGCGGGCGCGGGAGCCGCUCGACCGGAGGAGGAAGUCCGCGACAUUGGGCAACUCGUCCAAGAGCACCAGCGACAGCAGCUGCGCGACGACCAGCCAGGGGUUCGUGUGCGGCAGGUUGGUCGUCCGCGACCUGGUCCACUGCCUCAAGGCCUGCCUCCUGGACACCAGCGCGUCGCUGUACGGCUCCCGAUCGCACGAGGACCCGGCUGAGGAUUCCCGAGACGUCCAGUCGUCCGUCAGGCCCGAGGAACUUCAGAAAAGACUGAACAGGUUAAUCCAGUACGUGAGUGAAGCCGCGUGGCGCCUGGAACUGCUGACGGACUCGCAGUUCGCGAGCAGCUACGGCACGUACUCCGACUGCAAGGCGAGCCUCGCGAGGGAGAGCGUGUGGGCGUACCAGGGCGAGACGAGCUCCAGCGAGAGCGACGAGGAGGCGGCGGCCGGCGGCGGGGGAGCGCGCGGCGGCCGGGCCAAGCGCGGGGCCACCCAGGACCUGGAGAGGUCCAGCAGCUCUGGCGGUCUCUCUCUCGCCGCAGGCGGGGGCCCCAGUUCCAACAGCCAUCGCAAGAUGAAGUGGUCGAAGAGGCACUACCAACCUGCCCCGCUUCCGCACUCGCACGGGAACAUCAUCAGGCUGAUGCUGUCCUCGCAGUCAAGCCUCGCGAUCCGCUGCUUGACGCAAGGCGACCACGUCAAAGCGAGGGAUGUCAUUCAGAAGUUUGACGUAGAAGGUAACUCCCUCGUUGCUGAAGUCAAGUUCACGGAGGCGUAUCAGAACCUCAGGAAUCGGCUUGAGGCGUGCUGCGCUGUUAAGGACCAGAGCUCCUAUGGCAGCUGUGGGCAGUCGUCCGGAUCAUCUUUACCGUACAAGAAGAGUAUCGAGAAUGUGGCUUCUGGAGUUGUACAGUCAUCAUCAUUAGCAAGUCAGCUAGAAAACUUUCUUUCUGUUGUUCCACUGCCAAAUUUGCACAGCACAAAUUUGCAAGAGCAAGACGGUGGCCCCAGCCUUGACGGCGCUAGCGACGACGCGCGGGCGGUAAUCGCGGUGGAUCUGGCGCUGACGCUCGGCAACAGCUACCAGCAGUCCGUCAGCCUGCUGGACGUCGCGUGCAGGCAUUGCCCCGAGCUCCAAGGCGGUGACGGUCCCGGCAGGAGGAAGAAGAAGACCCUGUCCGGCCGCCUCGGGUUCGCCCGCGACGCGAUAGGCCUGCUGAAGGAGGUGAACGCGGAGGAGAGGGAUCCCGGGGCCGGGGUCCUCCCCGCCGACGUGUCCCUGCGCGACCUGCUCCUGAGCGCCCAGUACCCCUUGGCCCUGAAGCCUCUCCGGGGCGUGCUGUUGUUCUGGAGCGACCUGGACUCUGCGAGCCGGGACCUAGCGGCCGCCUUGGCCAUCGAGGACGAGAGACGGCGGACGGAAGACCCGGAGCCCGCCAGCGAAGUCGCCCUGAAGAACGUGUACGGCGCGAAGGUGAACGCGUGUUUCAGGACGCUGCUGAAAGUGUCGCAGCGGAAUGUUCUGACGGCAGGAGGAGAGGGGAAUGCUUCAUCUCAUUUGCCAAAUUUAUAUCUGUAUCUGAAGCUGCUUACAACACUGUGGGUUCAGCAUUGUCCCACAGUCUCAGACAGCCACGCGCCGGCGACGUACUUCGACGUCUUGGAGGACUCUGUGACGAGGUUCGUGGGGCGCCUGGUGUUCGAGUACGGGGUGCCGCCGGCGCAGCUGGAGCCGGUUGCGACCCGGCUCAACCUCAACCUCGUCCACGAGGUCGUGCGAAACUGCUGCCCCCGCGUGCCCUCCGCUCUGCCCCCCGCGGCUGCGACGACCGGCCGCGCCGCCGGGGACUGGGGCAGGAUCGCGCUCAACCGGCCGGGACAGGCUUCUAACGGAGGUACGAGACACCCGGAAACUUGUGUUAAAGUUUUGCUGACGUCCGUGAUAGAUACGUUACGCAAAUAUUCAAGUCCGGGAUGGACAUUGUCGUCACAGCAGCAGUUCGCCUCUGCAUCGGAAGAUCCCGAGCUGACGAAGUUACUGGCGGAGACGGGCGAAUUGGCGACGGCCGAUACGAAGAUGCUGACCUCCGCGGACGAGACGCUGUCUUUUCUCAUAAACCUGCGGAACCUGCUGUGGCUGCACAGCGUCGUCGGACCGGAGGCCAGGCACCUCGGCGACGGCGCCGCGGAGGGAAGGCACUUGCAGUGCGGGGGGACGGCGGGCGUCCUCUCCCCGUGCCCGCUGGAGCAGCUGGCGACCAUGAAGUGCGUCGGCUACGACGUCGGCGGGCUGGGCUUCGUGUCCUUGUACGACCUGCAGGUGUUGUUGCUGGGGAAGGAGCUGGCCCACUCCGCUUCCCUCCCGGACUGUGCGGGCGGGGAGAAUCCCACUCUGGGAAAGCUGAAUGUGUUCAGUGACCCGAGGAUCGUGUUCUCCCUCGCGUACGGGCAAGCCGACUCACCCAAAGUGCAGGUGAUGGGCAGUGAUAACGUGGACGCACAACUCAAUGCGCACAUGGCAGAGUACCUGGAUCAUUUCGUCUGUGUGGAGGAGAUCAACGGCAUCAAGCAGCUCACGAUAUCCUUGCUGGUGCAGCGCUAUCACGAACACGUCCUCUUGAACCAGGACCCGGAGAGCUACUCGGCAGUGCUGGACACGCCGGACGUUGCCGACACCAGCAGCCUCCACCGGUGGGAGAAGCUGCUGGUGCUGCUGGAGUUCCUGAAGGACAACACGACCGGCCGGACGCGCGAGCAGCUGUGCGAGCUGGCGGACUUGCGGUGCGGGGACGUGGUGGUGUCGGUGGGGGACUACCCCGGGUCCGGAGUGAUGUUGGGCUACGGCGGCGGAGGAGCCCCCGCUCCGGAGGGAGACGACGCCGACGGCGACGCCUGGCGGGGCCAGGUGCUGUCGGACCCCGUGCUGCAGUUCCUGGAGCGCCGGUGCCGGCCGCUGGCGGCCCUCGCGCGGAGGCUGCACGGCCGGGAGGGGGCAGGCGAGCACCCCUGCCUGGACCGGCUGCUCUCCGCCGGCGACGACGACGCCCUGCUCGCCUGGCCGCCGGCCGGCCGGCUGUGGGGGCGGCUCGGGGGCCUGGCGGAGGCCCGCGACUGGGCGGGCUGCGUCCGGGCGCUCCGGGCGCUCCCGCCGGCCCGCCUGCUGGCCGACACCAAGCUGCAGGCUCUCCUCGACGCCGUCCUGUGCGGGCUGGCGGCGAGCGUUCCCAGCACAGAGAGCCCGUGCCCGUGGCAGUACUGCCGGCAGAUCGGGAACACCGGCGUGCGGGCCCGGUGCGUGCUGGGCAACAUGUCCAAGUGGCCGGUGGACGUGUGCGCGGACUCCCUCCUCGCGCUGGCCGAAGGACCGCCGGGCAGCUUGCCCCCCUGGCUGCGGUCCGAAGUCGACGGCACGCUGCGGAGGAUCCUCGUCUACCGGAAGAUUCUAACUGGUUAUCAGUUCCCCAAGAUCAGUUCGUGGUAUGAGCUGAGUUAUUUCUCAUCUUGUGAUCCGGGCCUAGUCAUAGAGCAUCUCAUCCAGUCUGAGCUGUGUUUGGAGUGGGCGGAACUGCACGACAUUCCCAGCAGAAUGCCACAGCUCAUUGACUACAGGUACAUAGCACUGCUGUUGAAACGGAAUGCGGCUGAAGCUGUCAAGCUGCUUGAAUCGCUGCCGGAAGAAAGGGCCGUAGCGAUAUGCAACAAGCUCGUGGAAGAACUGAAGGACCUGCCCGGCCUGAAGACGGUCGCGGACGUGCUGCUGGGGAGACGCGGAGACCUGCUCCCGGCGGAGGCUGCAGUGAAGCUCCGGGAACUGCUGGUCGGGGUCCGGAUGCUGUCGGCCCUGCCCGCGGAGGAGCGGGAGCGGCACGCCGACCUCGCCGGGUGGCCGCACCUCGUGCUGGAGGAGCUGCUCAUGAACACCCGGCUGGAGGCGCUGGGGGCGGCGCUCUCGGCCUCGGCCGGCCCCCGGGCCGAGCUGCCCCCCGGGUCCCCCGUCUCCCCGGCCUCCGUCGACGACCUGCUGCGGCGGUACGCGGCCAGGGCCCUGGAGACGGGCGGCGGGGGGGCGGCGGCGCGCGCCCGGGCGACAAGCGGGGCCGACUCCCGGGAGGACCGCCUGCUCGCGUCGCUGGCGGGGGACGACUCGGGUGGUUUCGGCGACGCCUUCGUCAUGCCCGACAGGGUCCCGGCCAAGAGAGAGUGGAUGCGAGAUGACGAGGUGAUGCAGUGCAAGUGCUGUGAUGCGGUGUUCACGAUGUUCAACCGUCGCCACCAUUGCCGUCGAUGCGGCCGCGUCGUGUGUGCGGCCUGCUCCACUCGCAAGAUGCAGGUGGUCGGGUACGGGAGCGUGGCGGUGCGGGCCUGUGACAAGUGCUACGAGCGGACGCAGCUCUCGGACCAACUGCCCGUCAGCAGCCUGCCGGAGAGCGUGCUUCAGCUCGAGCUGCAGGCCGCCCGGAGCCCCGAGCAGCUGUGGAGGCUCUCCGCCGACGAGGCCCACAACUGGGUGGUGCGGGACGAGUUCUGCUUCGAGCACGCCCCCAGCGUGUCUCUGUGCCUGGCCAUCCUCCGGCUGCACUCGGACGACCUCGCGUACGCCAGGUUCUUGCUGAACGCCUGCAGAUCCUUGAUGCAGCAACUGUGGACAGACGUGGCCAAGCGUGCUUCCAUGAAGAUGUGUAGCAGCGAUCUGGACUUCAGCCUCAUCAUUAAAAUGGUCAGGUCGCUGGCGACGGCUGCGAAGGUCAACUUCUCGCAGCCGAGCAGCGUGGACGAGUGCUGCGGCCUGCUGGACGAGACGGACCUGCUGGCAGUCCUCGUGGAGCACGGCUGCACCCGGCUCCUGCCCCCCGAGGGCCUGGGCAGCCCCGGCGGGCUGCGCAAGGUGCGGGACCGGCUGGUGGAGGAGGAGCUGUGGCUGCCCGCCAUCGACGUCUCGACCCGGACCGGCCUGGACCGCGGCGGGGUGUGGGCCGCCUGGGGCAAGGCCUGCCUGCGGGCGGGCCGCUGGGGGCAGGCCCGGGACAAGUUCGCCCGCUGCCUGGGCGGGGCGGGGUCCCGGCCCUCGCGGGACCCGCCCCUGCUCGCCGACGUGCUGGAGAUCCUGGAGGCGGGGGCCCACGCCACGGACGAUGGGGGCGGCGGGGGCGGGGGCGGCGGCGGGGGAGUUGUGUCCUCCCCCGUGAUCCUGCACACCCUGUCCAGUCUGAAGGACGUCGCCCAGGGGAGGUACCCGGACGAGAGUCCCGCCGGCAACGCAGUCGUGAUCGGCCCCGGGAUGGAGCCGCUCCGCUACGCAGAGUGCCAGUACUACCUCGACGCGUACGGCAGCCACGCCGGGAUCCUCAGGUUCUACGUGGGCCACGACGACUUGCGCGCGGCCCUGAGGCACGCCCUGGCGAGCGAGGUCGACCCGGACGUCUUCUACGAGCAGGUCUACCUGGCCUGCUUGCGGCUGGAACAGCUGUCGGAGCUCCACUACGAGCUGACCGCCGUCGACCCUCACCUCGCCAAGUGGAAGGUGUACCUGAAGCAUGUGUGCCUUCAACUGGAGAGGCAGAAGCUGUUGAACGUGCUGUACCAGCUGCAGCUGUUCAUGAAGGACUACGUGCGGGCCGCCAUGACCUGCAUCCGCUUCUACCUGGGAGGGGCGAGGAGCUACAGCGACCUCGCGGCCAACCAGGAGUCGCUGCGCGACGCCAAGAAGCACCUCGAGGCGAAUCUGGACAGCCGGAACACGACAGCGGACAGCUCGCAGAUGGCCAUGAGGCUGGAGCCGCGGGAGCUGAAUCGCCACAUCGGCACCAUCGUCCGCCAGCUGGAGGUGACGAAGUUCCUCCGCGACUGCGAGCGGGAGGGCCGGCCCGUGCCGCAGCUGACGGCGCAGGUCUGCAAGGGCGCCCGGGUGCCGACGCUGUUCGGCAACGCCGCGGAAAGGAUCCAGCUGGCGGUGCUGGUCAUUCUGAGCGCGAGGAAUCUCGAGGAAGGUUUCGGGAUCGCGUUCAGGAUAAUCCAGGACUACCAUUUGAACCCGGAGCGCGUCUACUGUCUGGCCGGGCGGGAGCUGGCGAGCGACGGCCGAACGGGCGGCAUCGAGCAGCUGAUCGGCUGCGUGUCGGGCUCGGGCCUCCCGGCGCCCGCGGGCUUGUGCGACGAGGUGCUGGCCUCGUGCGUCCGGGUCCUGGCUGAGAGGCCCGGCCUGGAUGCGGACGCGCUCGGCCGGCUCGUGAAGCUGAUGAAAGAUGUGGGGAACAAGAUUUCUGCUUACAUAACCUGUCGGCAGUUGAAGUCUGCCUACUUGCUGGCAGUCAAGCACAACAGGCUGAGCGACAUCCGUCGAAUUCUCCACGAAGCAGAGCGUUUGGGUCAGACCAAGAUAAAACAGAUAUGUCUCAAACGACUGGCUCUACAUCCUGAGGUCUGAAUUGUCUUAUUGUCUGCAGCAGUUGUGUACCCUGUGAUAUUUGCCUUGAUGUGAGAUAUUAGUCACAAUAUAGUUGUAAAUAUUUUUUUAUACGUACAUAUGCAUUAGAAACUCGUCAAUGUGAUAUUCACUGGAGAGUCAAUAUUUUAAAAAUAAUGGUGCCAUAUUUUAAUGAACUACAACAGUCCAAUUUUGCUUGAGUUUGUAAAAUGAAACCCAAAUACAUAUAAAAAUUACCAUCAAAAAAAAAAAAAGUUAGUGUGUUUCAAUACUCGCCAGAGGUGUGGAACGUAUAACCUCGGUUAACGAGCAAAUUCAUGUGUUCUCAUGUUGCAAAUACACUUAUGAUAGGAAACUCUGACCAAAAUUUAAUGUAGAAUUCUUCAAAAUAUUGCAGUGUGUGAAAAGUAAAAUAAAAUUUUUGUUUUCAACUACAUUUUGUGACCUGUUUCCACACCAGCCGUAAGAAUUCAUUGUCGUAGCAGCUGCAUCGACUAUCGAAUCAUUGGAUUUGCAGAGGAAAAUGUUUAACUAUACAGUGAAACAGCUCUGAUCAAAGUGAAAGACUCAAUAAAAUACUAAACCCCAGCUUUGAACCUGGUCUUCGACAAGAAAUUUUAUUAAAAUACUGCCCACCUUGUUGAAAUUCAUCAAACAGUUAAUAGUAUGGCUUUGUGAACUUUGGUUUUCACCAUCUUCCACAGAUGGCAGCACCGUGGUUACGCUUUUCCAUUUCAUUCACUAUAUUACUCCUGCCAAAUAGUCGUAUACAGAGAGCUGAGAUGUUACACAUAAAAAAAUUAAAAUUGUUUUCACAAGGCUGGUUCCUUAUCUUCAGUAGGUCAUAAUAGCAUAACCUUCCAGUCAUUUUUUAUCAUUUCAUAACUGCUUCGUGUCUGUUGUUUCCUGUCAGUACCUUCAUCUUGUACUUCAGUAUUCCCACAUUUCUGUUUGUUUUAAAGGAUUCUGGUCUCCUCAGUUCUCAAAUUCAUCUUGUACUUCAGUCUUCCCACAUUUCUUUUUGUUUUAAAGGCAUUCUGGUCUUCUCAGUUCUCUUUGUGUGAUCAAACCAGUCUCAACAUUUUAUCUCCGUAGUCUCCUCCAGUAAUUUAACCUUUAGUGUACCUGCAAUCUCUUUAUUUCUUAGUCUACCUCUUCUUUGUAACUUAAUUUUUUUUUUAUUCCUCUUAAGAAUCUCAUCUCUUUCGCCUGCAAACUGCUUAAAUACUUUGUUACACCUGUGUUUCUGCUCCAUAUGCCAUGUAGCAUUGGUUAAUAAAAAAACUUGCAGGUUCUUCGGCUGGUGUCACACUACACUAUGGGUUUCUGCUGCUGCUGCGGCUAAAACAUCAGAGCGUUUUCUUGGCUGAAUAUUUUCUUAACAGCUUUUCUUAUAGUGCUUAAUGCAGGUAUCAGAAUCGGAACAUGUAAACAAGUGAUCUAAAAGAAACUGGUACCCGCCGGUGUUCAUCCGCAAAGUGUAACACCGGCCUUACGUAUUUACUUUUUUUUUUUUGCUUAAUUUUAAGUAUUUCAUCACCAUACCCUGCCUUAAACUUUCUCUUCCCUUUGGUAAUCAUCUUCCUUCUGAUAUUAAUAAAAAUAGAGUCCUAUGUUCAUUUUUUUUCAUUCAUUUUUUUGCUCUUUUCCAGGUGCAUGUAUAGUCAAUAAUUGUAUGUAGUAGUAACUUUGUCUAUUUACCUAAGUUAAUACUAUCAACUAUUGUGAAAUUCCUUGUUUUACACCUUUUCUGUUUUAUAUUCCCUAUACUCUGACACAUUAUAAAAAAUAGUUAAUGAAAGUUUUUAAUGUUCUCCUCUAUUUUUUUUUUUAAAAUCCAUUUUCAUAACCAUGCACAAGUUUAAUGUUAGAAGUUAGUUUUUUUUUUAACCAAAUUGCAUGUAAAAAAAUAGGUGAACAACUCAAGCAUGUAGAAUUAAAUAUGUUUUCAAAUGUUAUGUAAAUAAUUUUUAUACUUAAAAUAUAUUACUAACCUAUUAAUAAUAACUAGGGGGAUCUAGUGUACAUUUUAAAUUUUAUUAAUCAUAGUAUUAACUUUUUAUAGCCUGUUAAUAUUUACGUAUGAGAGUACUCUAUAAAAUUGGGAAAUUUGUUACUCAGUUGAAAAUUUUGUUUUUCAGUCUCAUCAUCAUCUGAGUACACAAUUUUUAGUACAGUAUUCUAGUUGGCUAAUUCAUACUAGAAAUAAUUUGGAAGUAUAAAAUACUUACAAUUAAUUAGUGAGUUGUCUCUAAAACAUGAAAGUGUUGGAUUGUGUCUUUGUUAUUGAUUUAUAAUGUGUUUAUGUAAUUGUUGCACGUGAUGUUACUUGUGUGAUUUUUUUGUUGUUAUGUUUGCUGUUUUUAAAACACAAGAUAUUUAACAGUCUGGUCACCAACCCAUUUAACGUAAGGGGAUGAAGUUUCGAUAACUGUUGGUGCUACUGUAUCACUCCUUAGGCAAAUUCCACCAUGUUGGAAAAAAAAAAAAUGCAGUGAAACAUUUUUUAUUAAUAUUUUUUAAUAGUUGUUUAUAAAUAUGAUCAGAUGAAAUAAAUCCAGUAUAAUUCUAUACAAGAAAAAAGUUAUUUUGACAAUAUUUAACACUUAUUUUGAUUACUAAAAGUUAAAUAAUAAUACAAAGUACUUUUCUGUUGAAUAAUCUGCUGCUUGUAUUUUUAUUUGUUCCAUAUUUGGACAAACAAUACAUUACUUGGAGGUAAACACUAAUCAAAUUAUGUAAAAGUAAAGAGGGUGAAAAAAUUUAAUUAUAGAAAACAAUCUGUGGAUGUUUUGAUAGAAUCCUUGCAAUUAGGUAAAAAAUAUAUAAAGAUUUUCACUAUCUAAUUUAUAUGACCCUUUGGCCAUGUCUGUCUUCAGCAGAGAAAUAUAUUAUAAUUUAGUAUUCAAAAAAUGCAGUUGAUUAUUUAAUGAGUACUUAUUAAAAUACUACUCAUAUAUUCUAAGAUAUUAAUUUAAAUUAUAUGGUGUACAGAACAAUUUUAAUCUAAAUUUAUUGCCUAAUGUAAUUAAAAUGUUAAAUUAAAUAAAUAAUGAAUUCAAUGUUGGCCAAAAUAGCUUCGUAAAUAAAUUUUUUUAAAUACCAAUUUUAAAAAGGAUUACUAUCGUGGACUUUUUGGUAGGCCUUUGUAAGAUCUACAAUUCUAUAGUAAAUUAAUGUGAUGUGUUAGGCGUAAACUAUGUAAGCACCCUAAAAGCACCUUUUUACGACUUGAUAUCAAACCAUUGAGAUGUCCCUAUUAUCUUUAUAUUUAAUAUGAAUGUAUUAUGUAUAUAAACCUUCUGAAAGAAAUUUUCUGACAGUGAAAACACACAAAAAUUAAUUAUGUAGUUUAAAAGUAAGCGAAGAGAUUGACAGAUAGCAACUUGAUUAAAUAGUUUUUUAUUUCUACAUUUUUUUUCUCUCCAUAGAAUUGUAAAGUAAUUUAUUGCAUCUAAUCACCAAAAUAACUUUGGUAACAACAUAUAGCGAAAGAUAUUUAAUGCAUAAUUCCAUGUUUAUGCACCAAUCAAGCAUGUUUAAAUUUGUUCAGUUGAGAUCUGAUCUUAGGCACCAGGUAGCACUGUUGUGCUGGGUUGAGUUUUCAUUUCAGUAUGUAUUUACGUUUUUUUUUUUAGCAGUGUACAAUUCCAUAAUGAUUUUUUUUAAGACCAAUGCUCAUCUAUAUUUUGUGUUUCUAUAGAACAGCCUACCAAAAAUAAAUGACAUGGUACUGUAAUUUUUUUUUGUUAGUCACAUUAAAAUGGGUUGAAAUGAAAGACUGUAUAGGCUCAUCGUGUUCAACACUGGCCAAGUGGCAUCUUAAACCCAAUCUCUCCCCCUCCAUUACAAUCUAUGGUUGCUUUAAGAUUAUACUUAUGUAUAUACUCUGAAUGUAUCUGUGAUAAUGUAUAUACAUACAUACUUUUUUUUUUAAAUGUAUUUAAAUGAAACAGGUUGAAAUAAAUCAUUAAGAAGAA